AUGCCGAAAAAGCCCGUGAAACGAGGGUACAAGGUAUGGGUGCUGUCUGCCAGUAAUGGCUACAAUCUGAAGUUCGACAUUUACACUGGAAAGUUGGACAAUGGUGUGCAGCGCGAGUUGGGUGCCAGGGUUGUAAAAAGCCUUACUGAAGAUUGUGCUGGCAGGCACCACCGUAUGUUUUUCGACAACUACUUCACCAGCUACCCACGCCUCAAGGAGUUGAGAGAUGCCACCAUAUAUGCGUGCGGAACGGUGAAUGCCAACCGAAAACACCUACCGCCGCUGCAGGCGGAUAAAACAAUGGAAAGAGGCGACACGGACUGGUCUGUUAGUGAUGACGCUUUGGCGUGCCUGAAGUGGAAGGACAAGCGAACCGUGCACAUGCUGUAA